AUGCAUGGUCACGAAUGCAGAAAGGAUGCAUUUUCUGCUCUUCAGAGGCUUUCUCAGACACAGGAAAAGCAACUUACCGAAUGGAUUCUCAUUCAGGACGCCUUGGGCCUUCCUCCCACUCACUCGCAGAUCAGGCAGUUCGCGCAGCGCAUGCUCGCCGUCAAAGGAGACCACACACCGCUCGGAAAACACUGGAUGCAAGCAUUUUUAAGACGAAAUCCUGCAGUUCGGACCCAGAAGUGCCAUCACAGAGACUCUGCGCGUGUCAACGGCGCUUCUACCGAGGUAAUUCGGCCUUGGUUCAACAAUUUCUUCCUUCCCGAGAUUCUGGCUAUUAAGCCGGAGAACAGGUACAACAUGGAUGAAGCAGGCAUCAUGGAAGGACUUGGGGAGAAUGGCCUGGUCGUUGGCAGUGCUGAAAAACGAUCUGUACAAAAGAAGACGCCUGGUUCUCGGGUCUGGACGUCGUUCAUCGAGUGCGUGUCCGCUGCCGGCACCUUCCUCCCUCCACUCGUCAUUUUCAAGGGCAAAUCGGUCCAGCAACAGUGGUUCCCAGAAGAUCUCAGUACUUUUAGUGACUGGCAAUUCACUGCGACAAAGAACGGCUGGACUUCGGACCAAACUGCGGUGGAGUGGCUCGAAAGGUGUUCAUUCCAAGAACCCAGCCACCCGACCCUUCGGAGCGAAGACUGCUAG